GCUGUACAGAGAUGAGCUGUGGCUGUUACCAGAGGCCAUAUGCUGCAAUAACCAUGUCUGCAAAGACAACAUACUAGCUGAUAGCUGUAGAAUAUGUUCCAGACUUACUGGUUGUCUGUGGCUUUGGCUGCUGAAAAAGUGUCCAUUCAUUAUGAACAUAUCCAGUGGCAUGCCAAUAAGGACACGUUGCAGUUGCCGCGGUGCUCGCUGGCAAAUACUUUGGCAGUACAUUGCAUCACAUCUUCGACGCACUCCGCGCCUUUGAUCGGAUCAAAACCCUGCUGCGCCGCACGGCCUCGCACGACGAUGUUCUUCCCAUCGACAUGCCGCCACCCUCUGCUUCCACUGUGCCAUCAGCAGCACGGCAUGGUCAACGUGUGGACGCCUUCCUUGCCUCCUUCCCUCCGCUGGUCCCACCUGUGCUCUGCACUACCGGCGGGGGCUCUGUGGAGGUUAUUGACUGCAAGAGUCGACCGCCUCAUCUUUGAGAACGAACUUCUUUGAAAACUGUUGAUCUCAGUGUGUUCUGAACUCUGUAUUCGAGCGGAUGUGUUUAUA